UUCCUCCUUUGUUAAACCAAGGGCUGGACUGGAAAUGCCCAAGGCUGUUCCCAGUACCCUCGACCACAGACUGUGCCUCAUGAGGAAUGUUCUGGAUUUCCACACAUUCCCAUUCCAACUCCAGUGAUAUUUCCCCUUUAGGUUCGCACAGACACAAAGGCACAUUCUGUUGACUAGCCUUCGAAGAUGUGAACAGAUACAUGCACGUCACUUAUGACACAUGGCAUGCCACGAACUCUGCUCACAGGCCGCUGAGGGCCAAGAUAGAAGCACAGAGGCACAAAGAUCCAAAGCGUAGCAAUGCCUGCCCCGGGGAAAUAUAUGUCCGUGCAGAGACGAGUGUGCACGCGUGAAGGUUGCACAAGGAGAUCUUGCGCGCGCGCGCACGCACACACACACACAUCCUCGCGCCCAGCCGCUUUGGGUGCCAGGCGGGUGAGCAGAUGGCCCCGGAGACCGCCUGCAGGGCGCGCAGCGGCCGACCGGGGCGCAACCACUCCUUUCUGUGGCUACUCCCCUCCCCACACCGGGGACUCCCCCGCUCCGCCCUGCGCGCCCCCGCCGCCCGCCGCAGUCCGCGUCCUCCCAACCUGUCAGCCCUUGGCUCGGCCCCCGGAUCCGCGCAUCUCUGCAUCUCUCCGAGUGCUCGGCUCGCGGGAGCGAGCAGGGGCGGGGACGGCCGCCGGCGCCCGAGGGCCGGAGGAGUAGCUCUGCAGAGGACAGCCAGGGGGACCCUAGCUGUCACAGCGGCUGCCCGGGAGCGCCCGCGCGGGGUGGCCGGGAGCGGUGGGGCGGGGGCCGUGAGCUCGCAGGCAGCAUGGCGGGGCUGCAGGCCAGGCGGGUCUCAGGGCUCCGGCUCCUGGCGCUGUCUACCCUGGGCCUCUGCCUAAUGCUGCAAGUCGGCGCCAAGAGACCCCCCAAGACGCCCCCCUGUCCCCCGAGUUGCUCCUGCACUAGGGACACUGCCUUCUGCGUGGACUCUAAGGCAGUGCCCAGGAACCUGCCCUCCGAGGUCAUCUCUCUGACGCUGGUGAAUGCUGCCUUCUCGGAGAUCCAGGAUGGAGCGUUUUCCCACCUGCCACUGCUGCAGUUCCUCUUCAUUGAGAACAAUGACAUCUGGGCAUUAUCCAAGUUUACCUUCCGAGGACUCAAGUCUUUGACACACCUCUCACUGGCCAACAAUAACCUGCAGACACUGCCUAGAGACAUCUUUCGGCCCCUGGACAUCCUGAGUGACUUGGACCUGCGGGGCAACUCGCUCAAUUGUGACUGCAAGGUGAAGUGGCUGGUGGAGUGGCUGGCACACACCAACACCACGGUGGCGCCCAUCUACUGCGCCAGCCCACCCCGUUUCCAAGAGCACAAGGUGCAGGAUCUACCGCUGCGUGAGUUCGACUGCAUCACCACAGAUUUCGUGUUGUACCAGACGCUGUCCUUCCCAGCGGUGUCAGCCGAGCCCUUCCUCUACUCCAGCGAUCUCUAUCUGGCUCUGGCCCAGCCAGGAGCCAGCGCUUGCACCAUCCUCAAGUGGGACUAUGUUGAAAGGCAGCUUCGAGACUAUGAUAGAAUCCCAGCCCCCUCUGCGGUGCACUGCAAGCCAAUGGUGGUGGACAGCCAGCUGUAUGUGGUGGUGGCCCAGCUGUUUGGGGGCUCUUACAUUUACCACUGGGACCCCAACACCACACGCUUCACCAAGCUGCAGGACAUUGACCCUCAGCGUGUGCGCAAGCCCAACGACCUUGAGGCCUUCCGCAUCGACGGCGACUGGUACUUCGCUGUGGCCGACAGCUCCAAGGCGGGUGCCACCAGCCUCUACCGCUGGCACCAGAACGGCUUCUACUCCCACCAGGCCCUGCACCCCUGGCACCGUGACACCGACCUGGAAUUCGUGGAUGGUGAGGGAAAGCCACGUCUGAUCGUGUCCAGCAGUUCGCAGGCUCCUGUCAUCUAUCAGUGGAGUCGCACCCAGAAGCAGUUUGUGGCUCAGGGUGAGGUGACCCAGGUGCCUGAUGCCCAGGCAGUGAAACACUUCCGUGCAGGCCGCGAUAGCUACUUGUGCCUCAGCCGUUACAUCGGUGACUCCAAGAUCCUGCGCUGGGAGGGUGCCCGCUUCUCCGAGGUGCAGGCCCUGCCCUCCCGGGGCUCGCUGGCCCUGCAACCCUUCCUGGUGGGCGGCCGCCGCUACCUGGCACUAGGCAGCGACUUCUCCUUCACGCAGAUCUACCAGUGGGAUGAGGGACGGCAGAAGUUUGUGCGGUUCCAAGAGCUGGCAGUGCAGGCCCCCCGGGCUUUCUGCUACAUGCCAGCUGGGGAUGCCCAGCUGCUCCUGGCGCCCAGCUUCAAGGGACAGACGCUGGUGUACCGACAUGUGGUGGUGGACCUCAGUGCCUAGGGGGCUGUGGGGCCUCGGGGUUCCUCGGGCAACGCAGGAGGCUGGGUGGGAGCCUCCAGGUGAGCCACAUAUGCGCUUGUGGGAACACACACAUAGCCCAUCCACGACACGUGCUCUCACGUGUACACACCCCAGUGAGCAUGGGCCGCACCAUGAACUGUAGCCCAGGGAUGCCCCUUCAUCUUCACUGGAAUCAGCAUGAAGACUUGUAUGCGCACCUGGCAAUCCUGCGCCCAGUGCCCUCCCAUGUAUGGACGCCUGUUGACCCCGCCCGCAGCUGCCCUUGCUCUGCUGCCUUCCACGUGCUCUGGCCUGGGGAGGGGUCCUGGGACGGAGGGAGGGGGACUGAACUGCUCCUCCUGCUCUUCCGCUUAUCCUUCGGACCCUCCGGUCUUUCCUCUUGGUGCUCCAGGUGUCUGUUUAGCUGUUCAUGCUCCGCAUUGCAGCCCGUGGCCACAUCCUUCCUGCUGCCGGGCACACUCUCCCACGCCACGCGCCCUCCGCAGGCACAUGUGGACUUGGACACACUCCUUCAGUGACAUGCACACACAUCUGUCUACACGCCCAUCUCUGUGUGCACAUGUACCGCUUCAGUGCUGCCUGAAGGGGGUCUCCUCCGUGACCUUGCCUCUCUUCCUGGAGGGGCACAUAGUACUGGUCCCCCUCCACUCACCCCCUGGUGUGCCCACCCCAUGGCUGAUAAUGAUGGGAAUGGUGGUACCGGCCUCUGGGUACCAGCCGGACUUCCUAGGGGGCAAAACCCCUCCGCCUGAAGCAAUAACAACAACAGCUGACCCUGACUUCUUCCCAGCGCUGUCUCUGUUCCCACUGGAGUUUCCUUCUCUCACCCUGAAUCUGGUUCACUGGGGGACAGGAGACCACCCAGGUAAAGGCCUUCUGCUUUUCUUUCCUGUAGCUGCUCCUGCCUCUGACCACCCUCUGGGUUCAGCUCUACCUUUGGGACAUGGACCCUGUGCUGUGUGGGCUCCUUUGGGUGUGUCCAAGGGCUGGCCAAGCACCUGAGGUAUCUGGGCAGGUGCCAGGAGUGGAGAGCACCCUGGGGGCCCUGGCACCCCUCUGAACCACAGAGACACACCCCAAGAGCACUGCCUUUCAGUGCAAGCUGAGUCUCAGAGUGGGGAGAGAGGGAAGGAGGGUCCAGAGGAAGCGGCCCCUGACAGCCAAGCUUCUGCUGCCCUCUGCUGUACACUGGAAAUAGAAGGCUCUGACAUGCAGAACUGGUGGGGGAGGCACAGGGUGGGGAGGCUCUUCCCUGUGCCCAGAUGGUGUGAGGGCUCCCAGGUAGCAAGAUUCCCAGAGGCACUUGGGGGCAAUGAUCUGAUUCACUUGUUUCAAAUAAAAAUCCCACCCCACUGACGGCUCUCAGGUAUCAGUGGCGAUGAUCUGCAGCUCCUAUUUCCUUAAGAACAAAGCUGUGUUUUCUGUCCCUGAUGCUUAGAGGGGGCCAGCAUCAGAUGUCAGACCCCCUUCCUCCCUGCUCCCCUCCCUCUAAGGAAGGAGUAAGCAUCCCAAGGUCAGCUGGUGCUGGGGUCAGGAGUUCACGCUGAUGACACUCAGCUGCUGGGCCAGUGUGACUAAUCUUGAUCACCUGGGGCUGACUCACGACCAAGUGUUCCUUCCUGGAGAUCACAGUCUUGGGGCCCAUUGUCUGUCCCUCGGUCAGGUCAAGUCCAACCAACAGGGCUAAGGACCAGCUCAGUGUUGUGAGCUGUUGUGAGAAGCUCUCCAUCCCCCUCUGCCGGACAAACAUGCAUCAUGGCUGCCACCCUCGGACCUGGUGUGAGAUUUCAAGCAAGUGGACUGAUUUCCCCCAGCUGAGCGUCUCUUUCUGUAAAGUAGAUAAUAAAACCUACUUUGCCCGA